AAAAACUCAAAUUAAACUUUGAUCGCAUUUUCCAUUUUUCAUACACUAAUGUAUUUGGAAAAAAAUAAGAUCAAAUUUGUGACCUUUACACAGUACAAUCUCUUAUUACUUUUCUUCCCGCCUUUUCUAUAUAAACCCAAUCAUCUCAAUCUUAAAACACACUCAAAAAAUCAAAAAUCCAAACUUCAUUCAUAAGCAAGCCUUCCAAGAUGAUCACUUCUUCCUUAAAAUCCCUCCUCAUUUCCUGCGUCCUAAUCGUCGGAAUUUCAGCACCCAUCCACGCAACCACAUUUACAGUUGUAAACAACUGUGGCUACACCGUGUGGGGUGCUGCUACACCCGGUGGUGCAAAGGAAUUGCCCUCCAACGGUGGCUCAUGGACUUUCGAUGUCAAUCCCAACACAGCUGGUGGCCGUGUUUGGGGUCGUACCGGAUGCACGUCCAGUGGGUCCAACAGCCUUAAGUGCACCACAGGAGAUUGUGGUGAUGGGCUAUUCGACUGUGGUACAAACUCGGGGAAACCCCCAUUUACCAUAGCUGAGUAUACUUUAACAAACACACAGGAUAGCAUUGAUGUGUCCUUGGUUGAUGGUUUUAAUGUACCCAUGAAUUUUAAGGCUGCUAGUGGAUGCGACAAAAUCCCCUCUUGCGCUGCAAAUGUCAACGACGAGUGUCCUUCCGACCUUAAGGUUGAUGGUGGGUGUUUAAGCGCUUGCAAUAAGUACAAUACUGAUGAAUAUUGUUGUAGGAACCAAUAUGAAAAUAAUUGUCCCCCAAAUAACUACUCCAUGAUUUUUAAGAAUUUGUGCCCUCAAGCUUAUAGUUAUGCUAAGGAUGAUAUAAACACCUUGUCUUGCCCUCAUGGUGCCAACUAUGUAGUUACAUUUUGUCCUUGAAGUAUUAUAAUUAAUUUAAGGGGGUAUGUACUCCUUAUAUAGUUUAUCUAGUAUAUAUGUUGUACUAUAUCUAUAUUAAAUGAAUGAAUAAGUGGAAUGUUUUCCUAUUGUAUUAA